CAAUCCAAUAACUAAUAAUGACGCCUACACCGAUCUGUCAGUCUUUUCCGAACGAAUCUGGUCACGGACCGGAUAACAGACGACACACAAAACAUGGGCGGUGUCGUUCGUCGCAGGACCCGCACUGUGUAUCAGGGUAUGCAGCAGCAACAACAAAAUAAGCUACCGUCGACCACAUGAUCAUGCCGACAUCUUCCAUCUUUCAUAAGAGCAAGCUGAACCAACUCUUCUUGUUUUAAAACAUACUCUGUGGUGCCUUUUAGAUCCUCCGCACCCAACGAGGUUCUGGUGCUUUUUCUUUCUGCUUGCUGUUUGGUUCCAUGUAAAUAUCUUCUCAGUCAAGACAUCUUUUUUUGUCAGUCUAAGCAUGGACGGCUCAAGUCCUCUUUCGGUCCUAAGGACGAUUCUGCCCAAGGUACCAUUCAUGAUCAAGACCAUCAUCUGGCAUAUCCUGGGCCUGUCAUCGACGUCACGGGAAUGGGAUCUGCGCACUGCAGUUACAGUCCUUUUGAUCCGGGCCUUGAUCUGCGACUCGAAACCCUCAAGCGUCUCAGAGCAACAGCAGCGUUCGAUUCGAGCACCGCCAGUGCGUGGACCCAUGUGGAUCAGCCGGGUGACAUUGUCCCCGCCGCCAGAGGAGAAUGAUGUUAAGCGGCUUUUGUUUACCGCCAUUGACCAACUGAAUGAAAGUGAUAAUGCCAAUGACAACAAGACGGGAGAAACCGCAUAUGAGAAACCUGAACUCGUACCGGUAGAGGCAGAAUGGACGGGCUACCGUGCAGCCGCUUGGCGCACUACGCCGGAGCCCUCGGUAUUAUCAGAAGAGGAAAAAUAUCACAGGUUGAUGAAGGAAGUAACCAGCGAUAUCACCAUUUUAUAUGUUCACGGGGGAGCACUGUACCUCAUGGACCCAGCAACGCACCGGCCCGCAACAGCACGCCAUGCCCGGCUCACCGGCGGCCGCGUACUUUCCGUGCGGUACCGGUUGGCGCCCAAGUACCCGUUCCCUGCGGCUCUAUUGGACGUCUUUGUGGCGUAUCUCUCUCUUCUUUCUCCGGGCGCUGAUGCACUGCACCCUGCCGUGCCGCCCUCAAAGAUUGUCUUUGCGGGAGAUAGCGCCGGGGGGACGCUGAUUUUCGCUCUUGUUCAAUUACUCCUCCAUCUUCGCCGCACUCUCCCUCCCGCAGUCCGGGUUCUACAAGACAGCGAGCCAAGCCAGAUAGACCAGACAAGCCAGACCUCGAGCCCGACAGUCCAAUUCAACGGCCGCUCUGUCCCGCUCGACCUCCCCGCCGGCAUCGUCGGACAUAGUCCCUGGCUCGACCUUACCCAGAGCAUGCCGUCUGGCACGAUCAAUGCGAAAUGGGACUACCUGCCUCCGCCGAAACCCCAUGGGUCUCAUGGCGCAGACACUUUCCCGCCGUGUUCCCUGUGGCCGACGACCCCGCCGCGCUCUGAUCUCUAUGCGCCGGCCCCGUUGCUUGUGCAUCCGCUCGCGAGUCCGCUUGCCGCGCCGCCGUCCGCAUGGCAGGGUGCGCCACCUGUGUGGAUUGGUAUCGGGCAGGAAAUGCUCGCUGAUGAAGCAGCUUGUCUGGCUGGAUGGAUGGCUGAUACGAGUCCAGAUCGUGAUUCUCAUUCUUAUCCUUCUCAUGAUUCUGAUUCUUCGCAUUCUCAUGAUUUUCACGACGAUUCGCAUCAUUCUCAUCAAGAACAAGAUCAACACCAACACCACCAUGAGCGUCAGCAGCAACAACAGACUCCAUCUCCGAUCGUGCAUCUCAACCAGUACGCCCACAUGCCACAUGCCUUUGGGCUCCUGCUUGACCACACUGCCCAAUCGAAGCAUUAUAUGCGGUCCUGCGCAGACUUUAUUACCGCUUGUGUUAAUCUCUCCUCUUCCUCUUUUCCUUCCUCUUCCUCGUCUUCCUCUGAUCCCUCACACUCCCCCCACUCAAUCGCCUCCUCUUCGCCUCCCUCUCCCGCGUUGUCGUCGUCGCCAUACGACCUAUGUAACUCUGAUUCAAGCCUUUUGCCUCCUUCUUCCCCUUCCCCUCUUUUAUCCUCUCCUCCUCCAUCUUCUUCUCCUGCUGCUGCUGCUGCUCCUGCUCCCUCUUCUCUUCCAUCCUCUACUUCUGCUGCUGCUGCUGCUCCGACGACGACGACAACGACGGCAACAGCCCCGCCGCUCCUAUCCUCCAAAGCGACCUUCUUCGACCGGCAUGUCCACGCGACUGUCGAAUUGCAAAACACCUUUGACAUUUUCGCCUCCAACUCUAAUUCCUCCUCCUCUUCCAUCUCCAGUCCCAGUCCCAGUUCCAAGUCCAACUCCAGGACCAGGACCAGGACCAGCAAGAAAACGGACAAAAAGUCCAAAGACGGCAUCUUCUUCUCACAAGUCGAUAACAGUCAUCAUCACCAUCACCAUCACCGCCGUACAAAAGACUACUAUACGUACGAGGCGGUAUACAAGACAAUGUGCGAAGCGGCGCGGACGCGGGCAGAGUUGUUGAGCAAGGCGCUGAGCUCUGAGGGUGGGAGAAGAGGUGUAGAGACUGUGACUGUAGAUGGGCUAGCAAACAACGAAGCAGACGACGACGAAGAUGAAGAUGAAGAAGAGGACAAGGUAGACAAAGUAGAAAAAUACAAGAUAAAAAAUCAAGCCAGAGGAGAUGAAGAAGUCCAUGGAGAGGGAGCAGCGAUAGGGAUGCCGCGAUUCUGAGGUCCUUAGAACAAAGAACAUCUAGGUAGCUACACAAUAUAUAUCGCAAUGGGAAAUGAGAAAUGAGAAACGGGAAAUGCACAUCUCGUUUUCAAUCAUUACAGUAGACAAGUGAGCCAG